ACUUACUGUUUCUAGAUUUACUUACAGUGAACUGAAUUUUUUUCCAGUGUAAGAAAGAAACGGAAGAUGGAUUCCCGUCGAUUACCCAGGAGGGUUAUCCCUAUGCUAAGGAAGAAAAAGAAGACACAACCAUCUGAAGAUGUGAACGGCUGUUUGGAAAAUAAAGAACCAAUUUGUUUGGUCAGCAAUGUGGUCAGCAUUCCCGAAAAAUUCAAACCUUCUCCCAAUAAUUCAGGUCCUCUGGAGAACAAGAGACAUCCCGAAAAGGGUAAAAAUGUACAAGGUGCAAGUGAACCAGAUACUGAAAUACCUCAGAUUGCCAGCAAGGGGGACCGUUUUAGCGUGUGCAAAUUGUAUGAGAGAUGUAAAAAUAUUUUGCAUGACAAGCUAGAAGCUAUGAGGCAAAAGAAACCUGCCAAAAAAGCUCUAUCGAAGGAAAAGGAACUUGAAACGGAAGAGCAGGAAUUUUGCCCAAUUGUUACUGUUGCGCAAGAUGCAGAAGAGAGGGAAAAGAGAGCGGUAAAGCAAAAACCUAUGGUAUGGGAUGCCCGAAUUCAAAGUAAGAAAAAGAAGAAGAGGGGAAUGGAGGAAACUAGAAGACAGGAAGCAAAAGCAUGGUGUCCAGUUAGGAGACAGAAACAUUUCAACUUGCCCACAGCUAAAUGCACUGAGGUUUUAGGAAAAGACAAAUAUGAACAGUUUAAAAAGCCCUCGUCAUGUAAAAAAAAAGAGAAACUCGUCAUUCAGGUUACUGAAAAUGCAGACGACCAAGUCAUAAUGCAAUGGCAAAAAUAUAAGAGGGUUAGUGGGCAAAAGGAAGAUGCUAAAUAUGAAUCAGACUGUCCAAAUUACAUGAGUGAGAUGAGACUGCCUGAAAAGUUCAGUUCUCUAGAGGACUGCAAGAAGAUUGUGUAUGACAAUCUGGAGGAUCUAAAGAAGAAAGAAGCUGCCAACCUUGCUCUUUUGGCGGAAAAGAGAUGCAAAGAGAGAGCUAAGUUGCAGCUAGGCCAAAAGAUACGGGACAAACAGGAGAGAGAAAGGAAAGCCAAAAUGAAAAAGUCUCUGACCGACAUGUGGGAUGCCCAAGUUCAAUGUAAACAACAAAAGAAGGAGGUAGAAGCUGAAAUUGAGAGGCAACAAAUGGCUGCCAUUAUGGAGUCAAAUAGACUGGAUCAAAUCGAUAAAUCACUCAUAUAUCAAUAUAACCAGCAAAAGAAGAGGGAGAUGGACAGGGAUGAAAAGCUUCCCAGAUCAGACAAGUUACAGGACGAGACAAAAACUAAUAUGGACACCCCAGACGUAAUGCAGUGGGAAAUGUAUCACAGUGUCACUGACCAAGGAACAGAUUUUCAGUAUGACACUGACUUUCUAGAAUAUGACAGUGACUGUGACAUUUAUGAAAAGGACAGAAGUCGUGAAAUACGUAAAAAAAUAGUCUACGACCAGCUGUCACUUAUACAGAAGGAAGCAGCUAACAAAAGGGCUUUAAUGGAGGAAAAGUUAUUAAAAGAAAAGAAACAUCAGGAAUUUGUACAGCAAAUGCGUGAAAAACUAGAAAAAGAGAAAAGAGCUGCAGCUAUUAAGGCUCUAACUGAUUCGUGGGAUUCCCAGAUCAAACGAAAACAGCAAGAGAAAAAGAAACUUCGUGAGAGUGAAAGGAAAGACAUGCUUUCCUUAUUGGAAUUGGAAAGAGUGUGUGAAAAUCAAGAGAAUAAAAGAACCCAGCUUCCGAAACACAAAAUGACUGUUUAUCAAGAAGUUCAGGAGACUAUAGCAGAAGAAGGACCAGAGAGAAGUUGCUCCAGCUUCUACGUGGGAAGAACAACCUAUUCUGCUGACAAACAUGACGACGCAUAAACCAGCAAUGUCUGCGGACCCUUAACAAGUCGCCAGAAAGAUUUUUUAUUAAUAUCAGUUCUCUCCGGGUGCUCCGGUGUCUCCACAAAACAUGGCGGAAGGAUGGAGAAUAAAUAGAUAGAUAGACAGUGAGAUAGAAAGACACUGUAAUGUGUUCUGCCAGGUGACCCUUUUUAGGGUUAAAGGAUGGCAAGCUUCUGACAACUGGCUGAAGCCAGGAGAACCUGAAAUUCACUCCAUACUGGUCUGGUAGGAGGCUGAUGGUCUGUAGCACCUCCACCCCCCACCCAUCUCACCAUAUGGGCAGACAAUCCAUAAUUCUUCUCUUCUCCAUUGGAAACUUGGACAUUUUCAACUCAAAUGACUGGACAAUCAAACCAUGGACUUUUUAAAUGUGCGUCAGUCAAACAUUGUGUUUUAGAUCUCCCCGCCCCUCUCCGAGCUCCCUCCAGGGAGCCACGCAGUAGGUGGUGGUGUGGGUGCGGAGGUGGCCAUGUGGAACCGG